UUACCUUAAAAAACGGAAAAAAUGGCCCAAGGUGGACUAUAAAUCUAAUGUUCUCGAAAUUCUAUUGUUCCUAAGGUAAUAAAAAACCGAUCGGAUUAGACACUCAUCGAAGUCGAAAUUGAUGGAGCCAACUGCAUCAUGGUAUAUCCUGCUCUCGCUCUGCUCCCUCUGCCUCUAUUUCUUCUUCAGGCAUGUCCUCCUCCGAGCUAACUCCAACAACAGAUCCAAAAUUCUUCCCUUUCCGCCUUCCGCAUCCCCUCUCCCCUUCAUCAUCCACAUUUUUUUCCGCCGCCGCUCCAUCUACGAGAUAGUCCACAUCCUUCGCCGCUUCCACAGCCUCCUCGGCCCAAUCUUUUCCCUCCGCCUCACCCCAUUCUCCAAGCCCUCCAUCUUCAUCGCCGACCCUCACCUCGCCCACUCUGCCCUCAUCGUCCACGGAACCGCUUUGGCUGAUCGGCCGCCUGCCGACAGCGAACCCGCCCGCCUCCUCACUGCCAAUAACCACGAAAUCUCCUCCUCUCCCUACGGCUCCCUUUGGCAGCUUCUUCGCCGCAACCUUACCUCCGAGACUCUCCAUUCAUCCAGAAUCCGCCUCUUCGCACCCGGCCGCCGCUGGGCUCUGGAACACCUCCUUAACAGUCUUCGCACCCAGUCCGGUCUCGCAGUGGUUGUCAAAGAGACCUUUCAGCAAGCCAUAUUCUCUCUCGUCGUGCUACUGUGCUUCGGGCAAAAGCUUAGCAUGAGCGAAAUCCGAGAUAUUGAAUCCCCGAUGGUGUUUCUCCUCAGAACCUUUACAUCAUUCAAUGUCUUCGCUGUUUUUCCGGCCGUUACAAAGGUAUUGUUCCGGAAGAGGUGGGAGAAUAUAGUAAGAUGCAGGCAGAGGGAGGCAGAGAUCUUCCUCCCGAUGAUUAGAGCGAGGCGAGAGCGGAUGCAGAGCGCCGAUCCUCAGUACUGUUACGUCGACUCACUUCUUGAUCUCAAACUUCCCAAAGAAGGAGGGCGGGCACUUACGGAUGAUGAGAUAGUGGUUCUCUGCCACGAGUUUCUCGUUGGUGGCAUCGACACGACGACGACAGCGCUCGAAUGGACCAUGGCUGAGCUCGUGAAGAACCAGUGCGUGCAGUCUAAGUUAUGGGCAGAGAUCAAAUCAUUGAUGGAAAGCGAUGACGUAGAGAUCAUUGAGGAAGACGACUUGCAGAGGAUGCCCUACCUUAAAGCUUUGGUUAUGGAAUCUCUGCGUCGACAUCCGCCGGGGCACUUCGUGUUGCCACACUCUGUAACAGAGGACGUGACCCUGGGUGGGUUUCUGAUACCAAAGGGGACGGAGGUGAACUUCGCUGUGGCGGAUGUGAAUUGGGACAGAAGGAACUGGGCGGACCCCUUCGAGUUCAGGCCUGAAAGGUUUAUGGCAGGAGGAGAUGGUGAAGGGUUGGAUUUAACUGGGAGAAGAGAGAUCAAGAUGAUGACUUUUGGGGCGGGGAGGAGGAUGUGCCCGGGUUAUCGGCUCGCCAUGCUACACUUGGAGUUCUUUGUGGCUAAUCUUGUGAAGGAAUUCGAAUGGAAGGUUGAGUCCGGUGUGGAGGUGGAUCUCUCGGAGAAGCUUGAGUUCACGAUGGUCAUGAAGCACCCUCUUCGAGCUCGACUCUUUCCUCGGCGUAAGAAAUAACAAAGCCAAAUAUUAUUAGUAAUUGAGUGCAGUUUUAGACUGACUGCCACUGUAUUACGUUGGAUGUGUUGUGUUGUCAUUUGGUGUCAGAACUCAAUUAUUAAUAUUAUAGGCGUCGUAUCUAA